AUGUUAAUUUGCCAUUCACCUGACAUUUGCAUACCAAGAAAUGACUACUUCAGCGAAUAUGCAAUUAGUAGUGCUGCUGCUCCUCCCAUAUCAAGUGACAAAUGUAAAAUUAUGACUUACUCAAAUAAAAGUGGAGAUGAUAGUGAAAUUUAUGAAUUAGAAACUGACAGUGAACCUGACAUUAAUGAUAAUAACAGUAGUGAAAUAGGGUCUUCUUCUAAAUCAUUAUUAUCUGUACUAAAAGACAAAAAAACUACUAGUUUACCAAAAAAAAGAAAAAAAUGCAAACUCAUAGCUGAAGCAUGGCAAUAUUUUAAAAUAGAAGGGAAUUUCGUAGUAUGCCAAGUUGAACUAACUCAAGAUGGAAAAAAAAAAUGCGAGCAAAAAUAUGACUAUACUAAUUCAAAUUCAACAACAUCAAUGAAUUAUCAUAUAAUACAAGAACAUGAUAUAGUCCUCAAAACUCUUGAUAUGGAUGAAGAAAUUGAUUCAGAAGAAGAGGAUGAUAAGGAUAGAAAAAUUGAUGAAUUUACAAUAAACGUAUUGAACUCUAGUUACUCUUCAUGGACAAGGCUCUUAGAAUUAAAAGAUGCAAUAACAUGGUUAGCAUCUGUGUUGCCCUUAAAGAAAAGAAAAGAAAAUAAAAAAGAUGACCAAAAAUUGUCUCAGUUACUAUUAAAAGAUUAUGAGUAG